AUGGGAAUAGAAGGCCUUUGGGAUGCAGUCAGAGAUGUCACCGGUGGUGAAACGCUUCCACUCGCGCGUCUCAAUGCCGAAUGGGUGAGCCAAAAAGGCAGGCCGAUGCGUAUUGCUGUCGAUACACCACUGGCCAUAUUCCAAUACAAGUCGGCGACUGCUCAGGUAUCGGGUUACGGUGGCAAGAAUCAUCCUACGCGAACGCUAUACUUUGCCACGUUACAUAUUCUUCGCACCGGUGUCCAACCUGUCUUCAUUUUUGAUGGUCCAAACAAACCACGGAAAUUAGGACGCUUGAUGCAGCCACAACAUGUACCUUCUCAAUCGCCAGCAAGGUUAAGCGGCCGCAUAGAGGAAAGAGAAUAUGAUUUGAACCACAUAAGCAGCCUCGCCAAGGAAAUGUUUGAUUAUCUGAGCAUACCUUGGCUCAUAGCCGCCGGAGAAGCUGAAGCCGAAUGUGCAGCAUUAGAGCAGGCCAACAUAGUCGACGCAGUCCUCACUCGAGAUGGUGAUUCCUUGGUUUUUGGCUCUAGGUUCGUUCUCGAAAAACUCGUCGCAGACAACGGUACUGCCAUGAUCCGGGCGUUUCGCAUGGAUGACCUUGAGAAGAAAGACGGCAAACCUCGCGGCCCUGACGACAUCAUCACUCGGAAGCAUCUGCUCCAACUGGCCCUCAUGUCUGGCGGUGAUUACGACAAGGGAAUACGAGGAUGUGGCGCCAAGGUAGCACUUCAAGCUGCGCGCUCUGGGAACAGUUGUUAUAUACUCUUCAACAAAAUUGGCAGGGGAGAAGAUCCAUCAAAAUGGAGAUGGAGAUGGGUCCAUGAUCUCAAACAGAGUCUGGAGGCCAAAGGACACCAUGCGGUUGCGAGGUCUGUGCCAGACGUUUUUCCAGACCCCAAGAUUGCCAAUUAUUACCUUCGGCCUGCCGUCACCUCAAAAGAUCUUCUUCAGUCCUGGGCCGAGAAUGUCGAAUGGGAAAAGGCCAUUAAUGUGUCCAAGCUCCGGGCUUUCACCGAAUCAAAUUUCGACUGGCGCUUCGCUCACCUUUGCGGAAAGUUUGUCAGAACCCUGGCCGAUACGGCCCUUGUCAAGGAGUUGUGGCUGUCUCAUCAAAAGGGCAAUGAUGGUUCCAAUCUUUUUGAAGCCAUCGUUCAAGCAAAGACUGAUGCAAAGAUGGGCGACCAACUAAGGCUGUCUUUUCGUCCUUGA